UACAUUAACUGUUUUUGUAGAAACAAAAUGUUAUCUGUUUCAAAAAAUGUUUUGGAAAAAAAUAUAAAUCUUCCUCUCAGAGAAUGCAAAGCAAUGCUUUCUAAUUCUUUCAACAAUCAUUCUAAGGCGCCUCCAGUUCGUAGUAAACAACGUGGGGUGAAAAUUCUACCAGAGGAUUCAGUUCCAACCUUUCAGUUUGCCUCCGAUAAACCAGAGAAAAGUAAGCGUGUUUAUAUGUUUGGGAACGCAAGCUCUGGACAACUGGGUCAACCUAAAUUCUUAAACCCAGAGAGAAAUCUACCAAUAGUUGAGAGGAUGCAUAAACCCUACAGAAUUCCGUUUGCUGAGUACGAGGAUGUUCGAACUCUUUCCUGCGGUUACGGGUUCACUGUUUUCUCUACCCACGGAUCCAAAGAUAGAGUCUUCGGUUGCGGGUUUAAUUCCGACGGACAGAUUGGAUACCAUGAGAGGAUUAAAGGAAGACCGUUAGAACUUGUGAUUGCUCCAACAAAAAUAGAUAUUUCUCUUCCGUCGGAUCAGCAUAUACAGGUUACUGGCGGCUCACUUACUGCUCAAAGUUAUUUUUUUAUUUUAGUUUUGGGAAACUUUUUCACUCAAUGACUU